UUACACCCCCUCCGCCCCUCACCGGUGCUGCUGGACAGUGAGGACACUCACACACACUCACACACACAUCACCAGUUCAGUUCGGCUCAGUCAGUCCCGCAGAGAACCAGACGCGGACCCGGUUCACGUAGUGUCUCAUAGGACCAGAGUUUUCCUCGGUGCUUCAGUCCUCGGACUCGGAUCACACACAGGAUGUCGGAGCUCUCCGUCAACGACCACCUCGAAGGGAUUUUAUCAGAUUUUGAAGCACUGAAGAGAUCCUUUGAAAUUGAAGAUGUGGACGACAUUCCGUCCUUCUCCUCUGCUUCCCCCGUCUCCACCCCCAUCUCCCCGUCUUCCUCCCAUUUCUUCCUCAACCACAGUAAAGCCAAUGAGGAGCGCGGAGGAGGCGGCCAGUCCCCUUCGUUAUCCUUCAAUAACAACAACAACAGCCUGGGCUCUGCUUCCCACCACUCCUGCAUAAGCCUGACUUCCAGUCCCAGCCCGGUCCUCAAGUCUCGUACAGUUGUCAGCAGCCUGUCCUUCAACAGAGGAACCAUGAACAAGCCAGCCAUCCACAACAACGGCUCCUCCGUGGCCAGAGCUGCGUCCUUCCAAAGCAGGUUGAACCCCAACAGUUACUCCAUGAUGUCCGGGCCAGGCAGCGACAACGACAGCCUUCACAGCUCCACGUCCAGCCUGGAGUACUCUGGGGGGGGCGGGGGCGCCCUUCUUACCAAGCUUGGGUCAUAUCCCAGCCAACCUCCUCAGGGGGAGUACCAACGAACCAAGCCCCAACUCCGACAGCAGCACCUAGAAGGAGGUGCCAACCACAGCCUGAAGAAGUUCUCCUCCCAUGGGAGUGUUUUCCACUCUGAAAUGGACCGGGGGCCGGGGAUAGUGCUGGGUGCUCCACAGCCUCAGGGGGUCAACCAUGGCUCCAUGCCAAGCCUGGACCUCCAAAUCCAUGAUGGAGGAGGAGGAAGGGUGGGCAUGCACACAGGUGGAGGUGGAGGCAGGAUGUCUCCAGGGCAUAAGUAUGUUAAUGCUAAUGCCAACUGGAAUGGUCAUCUUCAUAAUGCCACCUCUUUUGGGGAGGAGGGCUACGGUGGCUUCAGAAACCACUGCCAGCAGCAGAGUCCCCAGGUCCUGAAGGCUCCCCAGCCCAAGGCCAAAGAGAUACCACGUCUCAACAAGUUUCCCUUGGAUCUGGACAGCUUGGUGAGCAGCACCUCAACGACAUCUCCUACCAAGGCUCCAGGCGGACCCGUGAACCUCAACCCCCCGAAGCCCCCUCCAAGGAGCACAGGAGACCUCCAGCACCUCACCAGCCCACCCUCCACCUCAGCCAGCCCUUCAGCCUCUCUUAGCAGCCUGGACAGUUCCUCUGACACCCCGCCCUUCUCCCUCCACCAUCCCUUUUUGCCUUUCUCACCACGUUCUCCAACUCCCUCACAAGGCUCCAUCCCUGUCCCGGAGAUGAGUUGCUCUCCAGUGCCCCUUUCUCCAGCCCAGAGCCCCCAGCUGGAGAUUCUCUCCGGGCCCCAAACUGUCCAGAUGCUCCCCAGCCUGCCUUCCAGCCCCUCCAGUCCCAGAGCCGUUCGGUCUUUGGAGGUUGGCCCAGGUGAUGCCAGAGAUACUGUAGGCUCAAUCUUACAGCGGAUCGCCUCCUUCUCUCGGCCUGCUGUCACUGACCCCGCAGCUGUGACCCAGCCCCCUGCAGUCCAGAGCAAUGGUCAGUCAUCACCUGCAGAGUGUCCAGCUGAGACUGUGCCCUCAAGGAAACAGGGGAAGAAGAAACAAGAAGAAACUGCUGGAGAGCUGGAGACGGAGCCGCCCAACCCAAUGGAGGAGGGAAAGGAGAAGGAGAGAGGCAUCAUGGGACGUGAGCAAGAGGACGAGGGCAAGAGCGAAGGACAACCAGCCGACACGAAUACCCAGAAUUCCACGACAGAGAAAGAGGAGAACCGUGUGGCGGUGUGUGCGGAUAUGGAGGAGAAGGGGAAGGAGAAGGGAAUGGAGGAGGGGGAGAUGAAGAAAGAGAUGGAGCUGGAGGCGGAGGUGAAGGUAGAGCUGAGCCAGUCUGUGCCGGGCCAGCAGAUGAGCUUCAUCCAGGGCACCGACCUGUUCGGCUACGUGGGCAUCGAGGCGGUCCUGGACCAGAUGCGGCGCAAGACCAUGAAGGCCGGCUUCGAGUUCAACAUCAUGGUGGUCGGUCAGAGCGGUUUGGGGAAAUCCACACUGGUCAACACUCUGUUCAAGUCCAAAGUCAGCCGCAAGUCCUGCACGCCCAGCUACGAAGAGAAGAUCUGCAAAACAGUCAAACUGCAUUCAGUCAGCCACGUCAUUGAAGAGAAGGGGGUGAAAAUGAAGCUGACAGUGAUCGACACUCCGGGAUUUGGAGACCAGAUCAACAAUGAAAACUGCUGGGAGCCCAUAGUGAAGUACGUCAAUGAGCAGUAUGAGAAGUACCUGAGGGAGGAGCUGCACGUGAACCGUAAGAGGAGAAUACCUGACAGCAGAGUCCACUGCUGCAUCUACUUCCUCCCUGCCACAGGACACAGGUUACGUCCCAUCGACGUGGAGUUCAUGAAGAGGCUGGGGAAGAUCGUGAGCAUCGUACCCGUCAUCGCCAAAGCCGACACAUUGACCAUCGAGGAGAGACAGGAGUUCAAGGAGAGGAUAAGACAAGACUUGGCAGCCAAUGGGAUUCAUGUUUACCCCCAGAAAGAGUACGACGAGGAUCCGGAGGAGCACGUACUCAACGAGAGGAUCAGGGAGAGCAUUCCCUUCGCUGUGGUGGGGACCGACAAGGAGCACCAGGUGAAUGGAAACAAGGUGCUGGGCCGUAAAACAAAGUGGGGAAUCAUUGAAGUUGAAAACGUGGCACACUGUGAGUUUGCCAACCUGAGAGAUCUGCUCAUCAGGUCUCACCUGCAGGACCUGAAAGACGUGACACACAACAUCCACUACGAGACCUACCGCGUACGACGGCUCAACGAGAGCAACAUGGACUUCAGUGAACUGGGACUGACCCCCUGGCCCCUGGAGAACGGGACUGCUGACAAAUGUGAAUCAGAGAGCCACCUCUGAUCUGUCCAUCGUCCAAUCAGAGCGAGCUAUUUUUACCACAUCAAACAUGAGGUGGAGAAAUGAUUUUGUUUUUUUUUUUGUUUUUUUGUUUUUCAUUAUGGGACCAACUAGUCGAUCGUUUUUAACUGUCUGAGUUUUACACAGGAAGUGCAGCAAAUAUGAAUAUAUUUUUGAAUGUGUGCUGGUAUGUGUUUUCUGGAAGGAUGGUGACAUGUAGUGCAGGGGAGGGGGGGGGCGGGGAGCAGGCAGCACAACAUAAACAUCAGUGGUGUCAAAAGUAUGUGGACAGCCCAGACCCUAUCACCUGAGGCCGCUGCGGCUGCAGGUUAAUACUCAUGUUCACCGCCACAUGGGGUGGAGUAUCUGUGUGUCCGCAUACUUCACACAGGAGUUAACAAACGUCUGGCAGCAUUUCCUGAUGAGGUCACGUGGGUUUAACAACAGCCAAAGCAGUUAGCCACCUGAAGCAGGUGAACGGAGCUCCUCCCGCCGCUGUGUCCACUGCUGCCCUGUUCAUUCAGACUGUUUGACCCUGUGAGAGCCGAGUCGUCUCACCCGCUGUGGGCGAUGUGCAGGUUGGAUUUAAGUUGCUUUUUAAUGAGAAAGUGGAGUUAAUGGCAAAAGAUGUAACUGUAGGGAAGGUAAACUAAACGAUUAGAAUCUAGGAGGACACUGAUGCUGUUUUUUGGCCCACAUAUGUUUUUUGUUAAGCUUGUAGUCCACAGUGAAAGUGCCAAAAUAACAGAGACAUGAUGCAAGUGAUUAUCCUCUAACUCCUGUAAAGAGUAGCUGUAUUAAAACCAGUGUAGUAACCAGGUUACUGUAAAUCCAUGCAGCAGAUCAGUAACCAGGUUUCAGGCUCAGUGAUCUGAACUUCUUUAGACCUCUGCAGGACACUUUGUGUUAGUUUCAGAUUUAACAUAGUGUUAAACUUUCCACAUCUAUGAGCACACGAGGGUCCACGUGACCUAACUGUCCUCAUAAGAGGAUGUAGGAGAGGCUCUGUGCGGACGUCUGCCACAAGGACUUCCAGCUGCUCAUACUACGCUCCGCCAAUCAGACUACAAAGACGUGUAAUAACAACAGCUUGUCCACUAUGAUUGAGGCCUGAGUGAGACUUUGGACUAAAUAUGAAGACACAUGUUGUCUUCACGUGUUUCAAAAGGUCAGAAAACCUGAGAGAGAUGAUAGGUGCUCUCCAGGAGAAAUCAGGUUUCUCUGAUCCCCGUGAUCCAGUCUGUCAAACACGCUGACGCCAGAGCUGUGUGUCAAGAGUCAGAGGUCGAUCGGCCCCUGUGCCCUGAGCACCCACUACCAGCACCACAGGCACGUCCUACGCUGAGUGUCUUACUGUCACACAUGACACAUCCACAGACACCGAGCAGCCAUGAGGGCAAGCCUAACACUGACAUUUGCCCCCCCCACCCCCCUUCCAUUAUUUUAACUCCCGAUGUGUUUAAAUGGAGCUCAUCUCACAAUCAAACGCUCUCUCUCUGAGCGUCAUGCAUGUAGCUUGCCUGACGUGGAGUGUAGCUGUGACCACACCCAGCUGUGCACUGUGAAGAGCUGGGGCCAGAUUCAUAAAUGAUGCGGACACCAUUUCCCACUCAUAAAAUAAAUUGGUCUUCAUAAACGCAGAAUGCGUCGCCUCACACGUUCCUAUGACCGUGUGAACACAUAACCAACUUCACGGAGCUGGCAGUCAUUAUCAGUACAAGUUUUUGCCGUUUCCACAGUAAUAACAAUUUUACAAUUCAUAAACAGAAAUAAUUGUUUGUGCUCAAUGUUUCCUUCAGCGUUGUUUAAUGUCCUUAUUAUUUAUUGUGAGUCAUCCUGUAGCUGUUUGAUACUAUAUGAAUAUUUACUGAUCACAGUGUUGGAGCCUCAUUAAGACUCUCUGGUCCCAAUAGAUGAAGUUCAGAGUGAAACAGGACUUUACAUUAGAGUGAUUGUACUAAAGUAAACUGGUGCAGGUUUUUACCUCCCAUCUGUAAGAGCCUCAGAUUCACCAUCGUCUUUCUUCUCUGUCUGAUCACUUGUGGUGGAGACAGUGUUUUUAUACAAACUGAUGGAUUAAGGGAGAGUUUCCAUCCAUUUAUGGCUAAUCGUGAGAGUGGAAAUGAGGCUCGUGCACAUGCGCCCAAUUUGUCAAUGAGUGAGACUGAUGAAGUGGAAUCAUGUUUAGAUCACGGCUUUCUAAUUCUGAUGAGGAGAAUGUGCAUGAAUAUUUUCUGGUUUUGUGCGUGCACAUGGUUUUAGUCAUGAAUCUACGCAGAGUUUUAUGCAUCUGGCCCCUGGAGUGUUGAGGCUCGGGACAGAGAACUGCAGCUGCUGCGAGAUGGCAGCAGAGGAUGUGUGGAGGAUAAAAGAGACCCUGCAUUUUCACAUUUAUCCACAUCAGUGUGAGUGUGUUAGACUGUAUUACCCAGCACUCACAGUUUUCACUUCAGUAUGUUCUGUAAUGGUUGGAUUCGUGUUUUAUCAUGUGCACAGGCUACAUGUUUUCUGCCUGCCGUCAUUAGUUAAUUCAUUUCUUCAGUUACGUUUGUUAUUCAAAUAUUCCAAAGAUAUUUUUUUAUCCAAGAAAAAGCUGUGUGUUCUACAUCUUCCAUUCCCAGUGGUUCCCAGUUCUGUACUGGUGACUGAGCAGCUGGAGCUGGAUUCAAGUCUGACUGUCUGUGCCUUGGUCUUGCUUCAUGAUAGAUAUUUUAGACACCUCUCAGUAUAUAAAGUGUAAUGUGGAGUCCAGUUUCCUCAGUACUCAACCCUCCAGCUGCAGACCAGAACUGAACCAUGGAACACGUGCUACCAAGCUAUAAGAAAACAACAUCAUUACAGACAGUUUGUGCAGUAAUCAUCAGUAUUUAAGGUAAUCAGCUACUUGAUCUGCAUGUGGUCUGUGAAGUUCUGAUACCCAACCCAAAACCUGGUUCUCCCAGCCACGUUGUUGUGUCAAGCUUUGACUGUGGGUCAGAUUCAAAUUUGGUUUAUUUCAGAUGCAAUUUAUAGAGAAAUUUCUCUCUUUAUGUCAGUCAUCUGUUUUCAAACAACAAAUAUAGCUUCAGGUCGGGUUUGGGUCUGGUUCAGUCCGGUCCAGGAGUGCCGGAGACUUUCUCCAUCUCGAGAUGAUCUUUCUGCUGUAGUUUAUCUUAAUGACUCACUGCUCUUACAUGUGUGUGCUUUGUCUGUUUGCAGUUUUAUGACUCAUCUUUAUGUAUGUUAGAGAUGUGCAGUAGAAGCACAGGUCUCACUGAUAAGGCCUGACUGUGCGACGGUGAACUGAAGCAGCUUAAUGGAAUUCAGCCGUCAUUCAUUGUAUUAUUUACAUCUCUGCUGUUUCUCCUGUGACAUGAGAAAAGACGACAACAAGUUCUCAUGUGGCAGGGUUUGAAUUUUACAACAGUUAGAUUGUUAAUGAUUGGAUGAUGAAGCAUGCUCAGCUGACAGCUAAAGAAGUAUAAGUAAGUCAAAGGUACCCUGUGGAGUUCAGUAUUACUCACCAAAUCUCUGUUUGAAUCCUUGAGGUCCAGUAAAAGUGUAAAGUACUUCCUCAUGAAGCAUUUUUUAAAGUUCCAUCCUGAAGUCUUCUUCUUCUCUGCCUUUGUUGGCACAAUGCUGCAUGUUUCAGUGCGUUACCUGCGCUGUCAGCUGCAUGUCAGAAAACUCCACAGGGAACCUUUAACUACACAUGAGCAUGGUCACAGUUAGCAUCGUUGCUACAUUUUGUGUAACUAAAGAACAGAGGAUGAGUCGCUGUCUGUUUUGUAGAGGUUUAACUACCUGUCAUCCAAACUGUCAGUUUCCCUCUGCAGUCACCUGUCAUCACCUGCGGUCACCUGUCGUCCACAGUGACUCCAAACCCUCCACAGUCACGUUGGCUCAGAUCAUGUACUGCAUGUCAGACAUUAGUGUUCCUGACCUCUGACCUCUCUGCUCCUCUCUGUAUCCUGACCCCCCUGUCACCCUCCCACCCCUGUGUUUUAUACAUAUACUAACAGUUCUGUAUGAUUAUUGUCUUGAUGUUUUUUAUUAGUAUUAAUGAUACACAUGUUAACACUGUUGAUUUAUAAAUAAAUACUUGUCACUUUCUCA